UCCUAUUCUAAAAGACAAGAAAAGCAAUAAAAGAAAAGUCUCAGUCGGUGUCAUUUCUGUUUGGAGAAAAGUUGCAUUUGUUUUACGGAAAAUGCCUGUUGAUAAGGAAAAAUUGAGUGAGUUGAAGGAGAGAUAUGAUAAGUCUAUUCGUCUCAUGGAAGAAGAUAGCAAAAGUGAUCCUGAAACCGAACCCUUCAGAUCACACUAUGCUGCCAGGGAUAUUCUUCUGGAGAUUAAAGCCAAACUGGAAAAACUCUUGGCCAGCGUUGAGGAGAGUGAUGUGGAGACGAAAUUAAUCUAUAAGUCUCUACUGGGAUUCAUCUACAAGAACCUUGGGCAGCUGUACAUCUACGUAGAGGAGAUAACAACUGGAAGGAAAUAUCUGCAGGAUUGUAUCCUUUUGCUUGAGGAUUUCCAUACUAAUCCUGAAGCUGUCAUUCCACUUAUGGGAUCACUCAAUCAACUGGGCAUCCUUCAGGCCAAUCAGAGUGAAACCAAAGAUGCCAAGGAUACUCUCCUGAGGGCAGAAAAAGUCUAUUUGGACUUCAAUGCAUCUGAGAGUGCUGAGCCUCUAACAACUAUAAAUGAUUUGUUAGCAACUAAUUUGGAGAAUGAAUCUGGAGCAGGGAGGCUUUUGUUGGAAAAGACUUACACACUUACACUGUACUACCUGGCCCAGGUGGUUUGUACGCUCGGAGAAGGAGAUGCUUCGAGGAGAUAUUGCCAUAACACUCUCAAACGUCAGCUGGAGUUUAAGGAUUACGAACCUAUUGAUUGGGCAUUAAAUGCUGCAACGCUGUCUCAGUGUUUUUUGAAUCCGGAUACCCUGACCCAUGCUAGGCAUCAUCUGGCUGCAGCAACGUACAUGAUGGAUGGAUUUGAGGGGAGGAUGCUUAAACCCGAGAUGUCAGAGGAAGAAAAGGCAGCACAACUGGAAACAUUCAAACAUCGCUAUGCUGAUGUGAAUAGGUGCUGGGUAAAGUAUGGGCUGUAUAUCCUAUCUCACAGUAAAGAACGUCUAAUGGAUGAUAAGGAUGACGGAGGUGAGAAUGAGAAGAAAAUGAAGUCCUUAACACUGAAAGAUGAAGAUGCCAUGACCUUUUCGCUGGAUUUAUCGAUUUACGAAACCAAGAUCACUGAUCAACCGGUCCUUAUGUUUGAAGAUGCCAAGGAGGUAUACCACUUUGUGAUAGGGCAUAUCAAUCAAGCCAAAACUUACUACACCGCCGAAACUCUAGCUUCAGAGUAUGCCAAAAUAGUCAUGGAUUUAUCCUCGAUGCUGAAAUAUUUAGCCUUCUUUGAGGAAAAUGAGGAUGACCAGUGUAAGUUGCACAAAAAGCAAGCUGAUCAUCUUGAGGAUCUAGUUACACUCCUGAACCCUACGUACUACUUAGUAAUUUGUAGGGAGGUUUGGUACGAACUUGGGAUUACUUAUAUGACUAUGCUGGAUAUCAAAUUGGAUAAACUGAAGCACAAUGAGCGUCCGUCUCCGCAUGCCCUCAAUAAAGUUAAUACUCUCUGUGAUAAGGGCAUCAAGAACUUUGGUAAAUUCAUCGACUCCUUCCCCAAAAUCGAUGAGACAACAAGUGAUGAAGAGAUGCAGUUGAUCCUGUACGCUUACUUCCAUCUCGGAAGGCUUUACUACAAGAAAAUCACUCCAGACAGGAGGAUGCAGUUUGUCCAUCUGGAAAAUAGCCUUAAGUUCUACAAUCUCUUCCUCACGGGCUGUGAUAAGAGAGAAACCAUAACGAAGGGUAUGAAGGGCGAGAUUGGAUGCUGCAGGGAAAUGGUCAGCUUACUGCCCCUAAAACUAGCACAAAUCAAUGUCUCGCUCAAUUCUUAAAGAUCUCCAUUUAUUUAUCCUGGCACAUAGAGCUUUUAAUAACAAAAAAAUAUAUUAAAGAAGGGCAUUUCUCUGCACACAGCAAAAUAUCACAAACUCAGGAGGUGACUCUGAAGUUACCGGACAGCAAUAAGAUCCUGGAGUAAAUGGCUAAACUGUUAGGAUUAGAAAGGAAUCUGGAAUUCAUGGAUAUGCCCGAAAACUUGCUAAAAUCACCUCCUGCAGUAAUUUGGAAUGUUUGCACAAAUAGUUACAUCUUGCAUGUAGAUUCUACAUUAUUUUUGC